AUGAAGAAUCAGCCAGGUGAGUUUGCCGCAACACCUCUUGCUCCCAAUGAACAGCGCGAUCUUUUUGAAAAAGCUGCUAUCUUGAGAAAAACAUCAGUUGGCCAGCCAUCGCAACGCUUAAUAGGUAUUGCCUCAAUUGACCCAGUAUGCGGGCUUAAAGAACUGGCCAAGCCAAGGUCAAUUUCUCAAAGCCUCUUUCCUCCGUUGUCCAGACCAGUACAACAUGCCCCAUGGACAUGUGUCGGAACCAUAGCAGAUUUCCUCGUGGCUGGUCUUUCAUCCCUACAAAGACCUGUUAUGUCUCCUCAGAUGGCCAUGUCUUGGGGCUACUUCGAUCUUGAACUCAACACAUGGGAUUUUCCUGCGCUCAAUGCUACUGGCUACUCGUUGUCGCAUCUGCUACCAGAGGUGGUGCCUUGCGGUACGGUUGUUGGAAAACUGUCCUUUGACUGGGAAGGCAUUCCUGCCGGCGCCGACGUCUUUGUAGCCCUUGGAGACCUCCAAUGUUCUGUCUACCCCUUUCUUGAACGCCACGGCAAAAAUACAGACGUCGAAGGAGGCGUAGCAGCUUGCAACCUCAGCACAUCGGCCCAGAUCGCAUUCAAAAUUCCCUCUUCCCUGGCUUCCAAUCCUUCGCCAACACCUUCGCCUUUCCACACCCUCAGUGAAAACAGCGAAAGUGUUUUUGAGCGCCUACUGAAGAGCAAACGAAUCGCCGUGUGGCCAUUUUUCAAACCGGACGAUCGAAUCGUCGUGGCGGCGAGUCUCAACGGCGGCAAUGUGGUUGAGAGGUUUGUCAAAAUGCUGCGUGUCUGGUGCCACCAACUGGGCUGCCCCGCCAUCGAGUCUACACAGAUAUAUUCCAAGUUAACCCAAGCCGCUUGUGGUCAACACGAAGGCAACGCGCUUCCCUUGUCGCCGACUAACACCGCCUCCGGAAUUAGAGUGGACCCGCGGCUCUUUGGCGAGCGCUACUGCGAAGUGGCCGAAGGUGGCGAGAAUGGAAUCGGCGCCAGCGUGACCAACAUCCACCCCAGAGACAUCUUUAAUCUACCUGGUGUCUACGCUGCUAUUUGUCGCGGUGUUGUACAUAACCUCGUUAGCAUGGCUCCACCGGAGUUGCUCGAAUGGGCUAACGUGAAGCGGAUAUUUUGCGUUGGAGGUGCGCUGAAGAGGAAUCCGCUGAUGUUGCAGCAACUGAAGGAUGAAUACGCUCCAACGGGUAUAGCAUGCCUCUCCAACGAGGAAGCCAUUGAGGCCUGCAUUGGAGCCGCUCUUUUCACUGCCCUUAGUCAUCCACCCACCCAGUUGAAACCACGAUGA